AUGCAGGACUCUGAAGGAAUUCCCGUGGUACCCGUGCCAGCCAAAGAUCCAUCGCCCGAGGAGGCUUCCAGCGGUUUUGCAUUCGUGCGGGAGACUCUGCAUGAGCUGACGGGCAUCCAAUCCUGCAUUGCCGGGAUGAAGGAUGAGUUGAAGCAGCUGCGCUCCGACCUGGAACGGGAGCAGACUGUGCGCAAGGAGGAAACGGAGACCGUGCGUCGCCUGCUGACUCGCAACAUCACCGAGGAGUCACAAAUGCGCGCCAGCUUGGACAGCAAGCUGGAAGCUUUCCAGAACCUCUCCAAGACGUGGAUCAGCUCCUUGGGCAAGGACGUCAUGGCAUCCAAGGAGCGUCUGAAUGCCCUGGACUCCAUUGCAGAGCAGCACAGCACCUCGCUGCUUGCCCACGAGGAGCGCCACGUGAACUCGGAUUCCGCGAUUGCUCUGCGCUGCACUGUCACCGACUACAAGUCGCUGGCCACUUCCCUUGCCGAGCUUCAGGCGGAGGUAGUGCGCGAUCGGGCCACGGCACAAGCAUCCGUCGACACC